AUGUUCAAACCUGAUACGGGAGCACAUCUUGCUUUAGUCAAACAUUUGGAAAAGUAUUGCCCAUUUGAUGUUGAGGGAAGAUUGGUUUCUUCACUGGAUCAAUCUGUUGUAAAGGCGAUGGAAAAACGUCGAGAGAUGUUGAACAGCAGCACUCAUGAAGACGACUCCUCUCAAUCGCUUAGCAUUCAUUCCCCUUAUCGAGCGUGGGCGGCUCAACUGGAAGGCAAAGAAAAUCGCGUACCAAGUUCAAGUGCUGAUGAAAGCGGGGCUUCUCGUUCGGUUUCGGCAAGAGUGCCAGCGUCAUCGACACCAGCUAGGCAGCCAACCAUGACAUCUCGAUCAUCUGCUCAAUUUCAACCGCCAUCUAGAAGUUCUACAAUGGAAUCAGUGGAAUCAUCUUCUACGGUAACCUUGGUACCGGCGGUUACCGCAAACCAGGACCAGCAACGAGGCGUCUCCUCCACGGCUACCACCGCCCGAGUAGAUCGAAGUGGACGAACUUAUCUCAGAGAAAGAAGUGUACAAGCGGAGCAGGAUGUGGAACUUGACUCUCCUCAGCGGGUUAGAAAUCUUACUUUCUGUCUACUAGUGAAGAUAGUCGUUUUUUUUUUGUUCUAG